GCAGGAAAUACCACGUCAGCAGGCCCCCGGCCUGGUAUAAGCUGUUGCGGUCACAAACAACCGUCAUGGACCAGAGGUCCAGAGAAGCAGACGAGGCCUAUCAGGCCCGGAUGCUGGCUUGGAGUACCGAAACAAAGAAAUGGGCGGAUGACGCAGCAGCAGCAGCGAAGAAGAAGGCAGAGGACGCCGAGCAGGCACGUCUGCUGGCACUUGAACAACAGCGCCAGCAUGACGAGGCACCAGCAAGGGCUGCCGAUGAAGAAAGAAACCAACGUCGUGAGAAGAUAUUUAGCGGAGAGCAGACUUUGCUCACAAUGGCAGCGGCAUGGCGACCCGAGGCCGAGAAUGGCAAGUUGGAGGAUUGCGAAAACAAGAUCACUCUCCUCCUCUCGCAUCUCACAGACCUCCUGGCAACCUGCAUUACACAGCAGGAGGAUAUCCACAGCCUCGACGACUCGCUACCUCAAGUCCAAGGCCGCCUUCAGCAGCAGGAGCAGCGACCUGUCGCCGCCCCCGAUGCAAACUCUUCCAAUACCUCUGAUCGCCUCGAAGCAUUGGAGAUGGACGUCGGCUCCCUCAAGGACGGCGUGCAGUUACAGCAGACCGCAACGCAACAGUUGCAACAGCGGAUCUGUACUACCGCCAACACCUCAAGUUCGGAACCGCGCGAGACAACUCCAAAGUUUGACGGGCAGGAGAUCUUCAGCGACUCGAUGAAGACAGAUCCGAUUCCAUGGUUCCGCAAGUUCGAGCUCACACUCCAGCUACACAUGGUCAAAGAACACAAGCACCACGCAUACUUAUACUCUUGCUCAGGGGGCGCGUGCCAAGCUUGGUUGGACAACCUCUUGUCCAAGUACGGAGUGGUAGCUAACGACUUGCACACCAAGAUCAGUUGGGAUGAUCUGAAGGCAGCGUGGCACAAGCGGUUCCAAGUCGAGCCGCCCAAGACCAAGGCUAUGGACAAGCUCAUGGUCUUCGAGCAAGGCACGCUGCCGAGUACCGACUUGAUCGCCGAGUACCAAUACUUGACGUCAGUCCCAGACAUCCAGAUGGACUUCAAAGCCAUCCGCCACUAUUUCAUCUCAAGGUCAUGUCCGGCAUUAAGCAAUGCCCUGACUCACGUCAAGGACACCUUGACGACGACGACAGAACUUUUUGACAAGGUCGUGCAGAUUAUCAUUACGAACAAGGAGGCGAAGAAUCUGCGUUCGUCUGCGGAAGGCCCGAGCAGGGACCAACAUCGGCCAAGAGUGGCCGUGGUCGCAGCGACAACGCCGUUGGACCAAACCAGCGAGGCCGUGUCUGCCUAUGAAGGAGACAGACUCGCAGAUUCGGCGCGCGAGUUCAACAUAGAGGUAUUGGACCCGCUCACGUCCGAGGACUUUGCAUGGCUUCCUCUCCCGACCACAGGCCGCUUGCCGGGACCGCAAUGCGCAGCACUAUGCGCUCAUCUCCACACUUACUUAUCCUUCUAUGCACCACCAACUUCGCCGACGGAUGACGAAGUCGCGGUGGGGGACAUCCUUGCGUAUACUACCAAGGUGGCCCGCGAGUUUCGCACGCAGCGGUACGAUGACAACAACGCACCGCCCAUGUAUGUUUGCAUUCAAGUUGGGCAAGCCUCCUGCAGCGCUUUGCUAGAUAGCGGCGCGUCUCGCAAUUUCAUGAACCAAUCCUUUAUGCAAAGGGCUGGCCUUGGCGCACAAGUUCGGAGGAAGGCAAACCCGAUGGCGAUCAAGUUGGCGGAUGGGAAAAUGCAGCAACUUCCUGACCGUUACAUCGAGGCCGUACCGUAUUUCAGCAAGAAAGUGUUUGUCGUGCAUUCCAUUGACGAUGCACGCAAGAAGGAGCUCCUCGUCUUCGUCCACUACCGGAUCAAAGAGGGGUACUUGCUUGUCCACACGCAGGGGAAGGACCUUCUUUGCGUACCGAGUGAUCCUCACUUGCGUACACGGCUCCUUGGCGAGUUCCACGAUGCUCCCGCCACCGGACACUUUGGAGUCAAUCGCACGAUUGGCCGACUUCGCGAGCGAUUUUGGUGGCCCGGCCUUCUCGGCAACGUCACACGCUAUUGCGAGUCAUGCGAGGUUUGCCGAUGCUGCAAAUCUCGCAACCAUCGUCCGUACGGCGAGUUACGACCAUUAUCGGUCCCGUUGAGGCGAAGGGAAGCGAUUGCCAUGGACAUUACCGGCCCGUUCCCCAAGCACAAGACCGGAGUGGAUGGGAUUCUCCCGGUGGUCGACCGACUCACCAAGUUCGCCAUGUUUUCGCCUUGUCGCUAUCAUGCCAAGGCACUGGAGUUGGCCGAGGUUCUCUACGCCGGUUGGAUUCGAACCAAGGGUUACCCUAAGGAAAUCGUCUGGGACCGCGACACUCGGUUCAUGUCGGAUUUUUGGUUGGCUCUCAUCAAGCGAUGGGGCUCAUCUCUCAAGCCCAAUUCAGCUCGCCACCCUCAGACCGAUGGCCAAACGGAGAGGGUGCACCAGACCGCACAGGUUCUCCUUCGCACUCUCAUCCGUCCUGACCAGAAGGACUGGGUUGAGCAGUUGCCGGAUGUCGAGUUGGCCUACAACUCUUUUAUCCACCCGACUAUCGGGGUAUCGCCUUUCGAGUUCGAGCACGGCUCGCCGGUCACUUCACCGUUGAACACUAUUACUCCACGAACGGUCGAGAGCGACGACCAUCUUCUUUUCUUGCGUCGGAUGCAAGAGCUUCUUGUCAAGGCACGCGACCAGAUGGCGAAGACGCAACAGCGCAUGAGCGCGCAGGCCAAUCGCCAGCGUCUUCCUUGCCCAUUCCACGUCGACGACCUCGUUUGGGUUUCCACAGCGGAAUUUCAGCCUUGAACAAGACAUCUCUCGCAAGCUCCUCCCAAAAUGGAUGGGGCCUUGGCCGAUCGUGGCACCCGUUGGGGACGCACCUGAGGGACCUUCCUUCACGAUUCAGGUGCCCGCCCACUUGCCCGUCUACCCAGUCUUUCAUUGCUCCAAGUUGGCUCUUUACACGCCAGCGGAACAUGACGAGACGUUCGCAAGACCCACCCUCCAUGGAUGGUUUUCAGGAGGUCGGCGACAUCAUCUCACAAUGACGCUACGACAACAGGCCAACUGAGUAUUUAGUGCAUUUUGCAUAUUGCACACACCGAG